CUUCCAUCCACCAUGGACGGUGAAAUUGUGGUGUUCCCAGAAGGCCAGAACAAAAAAAGAAGACAAAAUUGAAGAGGUGGAGGCGAUACUCCCAAUCUACGGCAGAAGGAAGGUGGAGACGAUACUCCCCAUCUCCAGCAGCCACCUCUGUUUAGAUCUCUUUCGCCAGUUGGCGAUUUCUGAUUCGUCUCUCUUCUACACCGUGACUUCGGCCAUGUGUCGUAACUCCGGCGAUAUACCAGUUUUCCUCACAUUGCAUCCACGCCGGAGGAGAUAUAUAGUGGUGUUAGAAGACACACCUUCCACAAUGUAUGAGGAGGUGGUGCAAACUGAGGGUGACGGCAAUGUCGGAUGAGGACGGCGGUGCCACUGGAUGAGGUGGCGGUGGCGAUGCCAGCUGAAGUGGCAGCGACAGUGGAGAAAGUCGGCAACCAGCGGUGGUGGAAACUGAUGGAGGCAGUGACAACUGACAUCAGAGACAACUUGUGGGAACUGGUGUAGGCAACAACUUGUGGGGUGGUGGUUGUGAAGGAGUAAUGUCAGCUUUUAUUUCUUUUAUUUCUUUUUUUUUAAUUCCUAUGAAACUAUACUAAACAUGUAAGUCCUACUUUUGUACUUUUCUAAUGU